AUGUCUUCUAUAUUUUUUAUUACCGUACGACCGCUUGUGCAGUUCCAGGUGUCGAAGGUCUCGGCCACGCCCUACACCGAUGCGACGAACUGCAAGAAGAGCUCCAAUCACAUCAAGCGUCCGAUGAACGCCUUCAUGGUGUGGAGCCAGAUGGAGCGACGGAAAAUCUGCGAGCACCAGCCCGACAUGCACAACGCCGAGAUCUCCAAGCAGCUGGGCUCUCGGUGGCGGCAGUUGAGUGAGGAGGAGAAGCAGCCGUUCGUGCAGGAGGCUGAGCGAUUGCGGGUGAUGCACAUGCAGGAGUACCCCGACUACAAAUACAAACCCCGGAAGAAGCCGAAGAAGAACCCGGAUGGCACUCUGCAGCAGCCCGGCCAACAGACAACCCCGCCAAGCCCACAUCCCAAGGGCCAGAGGGCAGGGCAGAAACGCCCGAUUGGAGGAGCGUCUGGGGGUGCCAGCGAAGCGCCAUUCCCCUCCAAAGCUAUGAAGGAGCCCCGGUACGCGUGCUCGUUCCCGUCGCCGUCCGAAUUCGGCCAGGCGCCGCUGACGCCAGAAUCCGGAUUCUACGACGACUACUAUCCGAACGGCUCGUUCCCCACCCCGCCCAACCAUCUGCAUCUGCACAGCAUGGUGGAAGCUGACCCUGCCCACCCGGUCGGCCAAUUCCCCCCGGAAGCCGACAUGCUGCCCUCCAUCACCGACUUCAGCUUCGCGCACGCGCUACGCGCUGGCUCUGGCCAGUCAACGUGGGGCGACAUGUGGACGGGGUUCGACAUGCCGCAGCCGCACGAGAUGCUCCACAUGCCGCAG